CGCGCACGUCCACGCGCGCGGACACCCCCACGCGCUCCCACCCACCCGCACCCAGCCAGCAUGGAGGUGCUGGAGAGCGGGGAGCAGGGCACCCUGCAGUGGGACCGCAAGCUGAGUGAGCUGUCGGAGCCCGGCGACGGCGACGCGCUCCUGUACCCCACGCACUUCUCAGAACUUCUGGAUGAGUUCUCCCAGAACGUCUUGGGCCAGCUCCUGAACGACCCUUUCCUCUCGGAGAAGAGCGAGUCGAUGGAGGUGGGGCCGUCCCCGACGUCGCCUGCGCCCCUCAUCCAGGCUGAGCACAGCUACUCCCUGUGUGAGGAGCCGCGCGCCCAGUCGCCCUUCAGCCACACUGCCCCCGGAGAUGGCUUCAAUGAUGAUGAAGUGGAAAGUGAAAAAUGGUUCCUGUCUACAGACUUUUCUUCAACGACCAUCAAGACAGAGCCGAUCACGGAUGAGCCGCCUCCAGGACUUGUCCCCUCUGUCACGCUGACCAUCACAGCCAUCUCCACUCCUUUGGAAAAGGAGGAGCCCCCUCUGGAAAUGAACGCUGGGGUCGACUCCUCGUGCCAGACCGUUAUCCCCACGAUUAAGCUGGAGCCUCACGAAGUGGAUCAGUUCCUCAACUUCUCCUCUAAAGAAGCCUCCGUGGACCACCUGCACCUACCGCCAACCCCUCCCAGCAGCCACAGCAGCGACUCGGAGGGCAGCCUGAGCCCCAACCCACGCCUGCACCCCUUCAGCCUGCCGCAGACUCCCAGCCCUGCCCGGGCCGGGGUGCGGGCACCCUCCUCCCUCUCCAGCUCUCCCCUCCUCACCGCCCCACAUAAACUGCAGGGGUCGGGCCCACUGGUCCUGACGGAGGAGGAGAAGAGGACUCUGAUCGCCGAGGGCUACCCCAUCCCCACCAAAUUGCCCCUAACCAAGUCAGAGGAGAAGGCCCUGAAGAAAAUCCGGAGGAAAAUCAAGAAUAAGAUUUCUGCCCAGGAGAGCAGGAGAAAGAAGAAAGAAUACAUGGACAGUUUGGAGAAAAAAGUGGAGUCUUGUUCAACUGAGAACCUGGAGCUUCGGAAGAAGGUGGAGGUUCUGGAGAACACCAACAGAACUCUCCUCCAGCAGCUGCAGAAGCUUCAGGCCUUGGUCAUGGGCAAGGUUUCUCGGACCUGCAAGUUAGCCGGCACGCAGACCAGCACCUGCCUCAUGGUCGUUGUGCUCUGCUUUGCUGUGGCGUUUGGCAGCAUUUUCCAGGGCUCUGGGCCCUAUCCCUCUGCCACAAAGAUGGCCCUGCCCAGCCAGCAUUCCGUGCCAGAGCCAUAUACAGCUUCUGUCGUGAGAUCCAGAAACCUGCUUAUCUACGAGGAACACUCUCCCCUGGAGGAACCGUCCAGCGCAGCAUCGCCGGGGGAGCUGGGGGCCUGGGACAGGGGUUCCUCCCUGCUCCGGGCGUCGGGGCUGGAGGCCAGGCCGGAUGUGGAUCUUCCCCAGUUCCUCCUGUCGAAUGAGACGAGCCUGGAGAAGGCUGUGCUUCUGGAGCUGCAGCAGCACCUGGUCAGCUCUAAACUGGAGGGGAACGAAACACUAAAAGUUGUCCAGCUCGACAGAAGAGUGAACGCCACCUUUUAAAGAGGCAACCUGCACCCCCCGCCCUACUCGUAACUCCGUUGCUACAUCACCAAAUCACCUCUGUUAUAGCUUUUUCCUUUUUGCCGCCCAAUCUUGACGAAGACGUGGACGGGUGGGCAUCGGGGGCUGUGGAUGGGAGGAGGCCGGGUACCUUCAGGCAGGGAGAGCAUCCCAUCCCCAGGCCUGUGACCCCUCGCAGCGGGGAGCUGGCGUCUCUUGCUCCCCUGCCCCCGUCUCUCACUGCCUUAGGAAAUUGCAUUGGGGUGGGCAUGGGAUGAGUGGGCUUGUUUCCACCAAUAGUGCCAAAAAGAUACUGCCUGAUCCUCCCCUCCUGAAGGAAGAGAUGGCUUGUUCAUUUGAGAACCCAGACUCCAGCCACAAACCACAUGCCUGUUGGGACUGGUGGCGCACCGACCUAUGUCCUCCUGCCCUCCUGCCUGGGGCUCCAGCGGCAGCGCUGGGAGCCGGAGUGUCACGUCAGCACCCCCCACUCUGCCCUUGUGUCCUCGCUGGCAGGCGGGCUGGCAUCUCAGGCCACAUGUGCAAUGCCUAAAGGACUUUUCUCCUCCAGGGGAACCUGUCCCCUACUGCUUGUAGGAUUACCCAUACCUGUUCCCACACACGCUUACUUCCACCCCCCAGCUUCUCCUCCCUGUUUGUAAAUAGUAUUUAUUAGCAUUCUGAGGCUGCCCACCAGUCCCCACCCUGAAGCUUCAAUGCCUCUUUCCAAGCCAGCAAAGCUUCUGUUGACCUUUGGAGCCAAGGGGGCACAGUCGGCCCUGGGGUUCCCCCUCUCUCCAGACCCUGCUUUGUGUCCUUUCUUUUUGACUGGAGGUCUCUAAAGUCAUGCCAGCUGAGACCCCCUUACAAGGGGUCCCCUGUAGAAGGAGCUUGAGGUAUAGUGGAUUAGUGCCAUGCUCAGCUCUGUGGCUGUCUGGCCAGAAGCUUUUCCUGUCCUGUGUCCUGUGACAGGGAGGGGAGUCCUGACAACAGGGAUUGUGGACAGCCUUGACGGCAUAUCUCCACACCUGCUCCUACCCCCAGCACCCCGUCAGCUUGGCCUUCCUCUUCCCCGGCCUUAACCAGAGGGGUGAGCCUGAGGCCCCUUCCUGGGCUGGCGGAGGUGACCUUUGUGUACCCGCAUAUUUACCUUAUAUAAUCAGGUUUGCUACUUUGCAGCUCACCCAAAGACAGACAACCUAACCCACCUACCUUCUUCGAGUUUUCUUUUUUAAUGAUUAAAAGUAAGUUUUGUAGUUAAAGAAGACAAACCUUUCCUCUUUCAUACAAAUAAGAAAUGGAAAUUGCCUUUUUAUCGUAUAAUGCAGAAGACCCCCCCCCCCGCCCCGCCCAAGUGUUUUUUCCCAGCUUGUAAAAGAUUUUGUGUAGGGAAUUUACUGAGAUUUUGUACUUUAUUACUAGCAGCGAUUGAAGAGCCUUUGGUGUCUACUUUCGGUCUCGUUUUCUUCUCUCUGUUCUCUCUCUGUCUCAGCUGCUGACAUUAUCAUUGGUGUCUGUACCUAGGAGGGAUUAAACCCACACACAGCCUUCGUUUCCACAUCAGUAGCUGGAUUUGGUGCACACGUACCUCGUAAGCGGAUUCCUGCUUCAUCUGCCCAGGUGCACCUGGGUCUCCCGGAGCGGCUCCCCUCCCCCUGCCAUGAUUGGCGGCUCAGGCCGGUCUGUGGCUGAGCCCAUCUCCUCAGCAGUGUGUGGGAGCCACACUGGGGUUGUCCUAGUCCUGGGAGCCCUGCUGUCUGGAUGGUUCUCAUUGAUCCUUGCCUCGGCAGGGGCGAGCUAAGGCCAGCCGAGCUGGGGGAAGAGGGGCUUGAUAGCAGGCCCCUUCCUCUGCUGGGCCCUCUCCUACAUGAGAUCCUCCAGGGCCUGGAUGGUGUCUGGUAACCACAGGCCACUGCUUACCCGUCCCUCUCUUGACGUUUUUAUGUAAAUACCAGGUGUAGGUCAGUAAGCGGGGGCUUAGGAAAGGUCCAACAAAACCAGUUAUUGUUGAUUCCAACUCAUGGCGCUCCCAUGUGUGUCAGAGCAGAGCUGUGCUCCGUAGGGUCUUCAAUGGGCGCUCCCAUGUGUGUCAGAGCAGAGCUGUGCUCCGUAGGGUCUUCAAUGGCUGGUUUCUCAGAAGGAGAUUGCCAGGCCUUUCUUUUGAGGCACCUCUGGACGGACUUGAACUACCAACCUUUUGGUCAGCAGUGGAGUGUGUUAAUCAUUUGUACCACCCAGGACUCCAGGGAAUAAACAUGUUGAUUGUAUUUUUCAUCAUGUAAAAAGGUUUCCUGCCCCUUUCUUUGAUUCUACUAGUUAGGGAGAUGUCUUAGAAAAACCCAGAGAACCAAGACUUUUUACUUAGUGAGUCCCGAGCUUCUGGUGUGGUUCUUUCCGUAGCUCUCGACUUUGCAGUUGGACUUGGAGACCGUGAAUGAAAGGCGGCCCGGCCAGCUCUGGGCUCUGGAGCCUCACUCACAAACAGAGUGUCACAUAAAUGUCUGACAGCUGAGCCCGGUGCACCUUUUUGGCAGGCGACAGGAAUGAGGUUUGACACCAGUACAGGAAAAGCUAGGUAACCUUUUUAAGUUAAUAUAAAGGGUUUUGAUUUGGAGACCUAAUUAUGAAAGGAGGUUUUAGUUCAGCGUAUUUACAGACCAACUCUAAGUACUGUGUUUGUUUGUUUUGUCCCCUGAGUUUUUCUGUUUCGCUCUCGAAUGCCCAGGGAGGGCCUCCGCUCUUAUGUGCUCACACAGUGGGGAGGCCAAGUGGACUCAGGUUUCGGUCCCGCAUCAGUGCCUGGCAGCUUUGCCCCUAAGUGCCUUGGUAAGGUGGUUUCUCAGCAUUCCUUGGCUUCUCCCUCCCAUGUCCUCAGACGAAGCAAAGCCAUAAAGCCAGAGUCAGGGCCUUGCAGGGCCGCCGCCUCCAAACAUCCCCUGAGAUGUGUGUUCGAGCACAACUCAGAAAUGGAGACACCCGCCCCCAGGAGAGCAAUCAGAGGAGCCCAGCAGGCCACGCUCCCCUGGGCGGCUGAGAUGGAAGAAGCUGAUAGCAACCACAAGCUUCUAGAACUGUGAGCUGAUAAAUUUCCGUUCCUAUUUAAAAAAACAAAACAAAACAUUGCCAUCUGGACAGAACCCCAGGAAUCUUCUGUUGGGCCCCGAUCUUCAUUCAUUUGAGUAGUUUAUAUUUUUGUUUAAAUACACUUGCUGGUUUGCUGUGUUAUUUAUGUUUCACUAAUGUAGGUGAAAAUAGCAAGCAAUACUUGCUCAAAUAAAAACUGGCUGUCCAAAAAAAAAAAAGAGGCUGUUAGCCCCCAACCCGCUUGUCUGCUGGGCUGGUUAUGUUGAGUCCAUUCAUUGAGGAACUGAGGGCUGGCUGGACCAGAACCAUGAUGGGGUCUCACCCUGGGGAGGUUACUUAAUGAGACCGCUUCUCAGCCGAGACAGUGAGUAGACAAGUGGUCAGAUAAGCCCCCCUGGGAGGGGAGUACAGGAGAGAGCAGAGGGGCUUCAAGGAGCCAGAGACACGUAUCCUUGAUUCCAUUUUUCCAUUCAGUCAGUCAGAUAGACAGAAAGUCUUCAGACAUAAAGACACUCCUAGGAUGGUUCAGUUUUACUGAGGACAAGGUCCCAAGGAAUAUUGGGGAAUAAGAUGGGGCUGGGGACACUUGUAGAAUCAAGAGUGAUUCAAAACACAUGUCUUAGUUAUCUAGUGUUGCUAUAACAGAAAUGCCAGAAGUGGGUGACUUCAACAAAUCUAUUUCCUCACCGUUUAGGGGGCUAGAAGUCCUAAUUCAGCAUGACGGUUCUAUGGGAAGGCCCUCUUUUCUUUCUCUGUCGAUUCUGGAGGAAGGUCCUUGUCUUUUUCUGAGCUUCUGCUCCUGGGCGAUCUUCAUAUGGCUUGACAUCUCUCUUCCCCCAUCUCUGUUCUGCUCACUUGUUUAAUCUCUUAUAUCUCACAAGAGAUUGAUUGACUCAAGAUAUACCCACACUAAUCCUGCCUCAUUAACAUAACAGAACAAAUUUGCAAAUACGAUUAUAAUCACAGGUAUAGAUUUACAACACAUGGGGGGGGAUAUAAUUCAAUCUAUAACAGGCUAGAUUUCUCUGUGUCUCUUUUUGUGUUUCUGUCUCUGUCACACACACACACAUGCACACACAUUCCUCCUUCCUUAAAGAUACCUGUUUGUGCCUUAAAUGUGCCUUAUCUGAGUCCAGGGUGACUGAGGAAGCCUGUGUCUGUGCAACAUUGUAUACACAUAGCCUUAUAGUAUUAGACCGAAGUAGAUCCAUUUUCCCCAAGGCUGAAAAAUGGUUUCCUAAAACAGAGCCACAGUUGGGUUUGCACCUCAGGGGAGAGUUAUUUCCAUCAGGAAAGUCCUGUAUUGUAGCUAUGGCCACAUGAAGAAUGGCCAGGGAGGAGUAAAGGCAUUACAACCUCCCGGCGUUUCCAGCGCACCUGGCCCAUUUGAGAGUGCACGCACAGGAGAAAGCAGGGUGCUCUGUUGUCAUCUGGGGCAGCCUCAGAUUUAGGAGUGCUCGAUUUUGUCUUGGUUUCUAGAAGGAAGGGAAAUGAUAUUAGGUGUCAGCAGCGCUGGGCUCAGUAAGUUUUAAGUCUUAAUUUUAUAGAACGCAGGGUGACUCUGCUUCUGUGGCCUGUUAGUUACCAGGAGACGGAGGAACAGCUCUGUGACCUGGGAAGGUCAGAAGUUGGGCUAGAUUGGGUGGUUCUUCCCUUUAAGGAAACAUAAUGUCUGCCCUGCAGUGGCCCACUGGGAGAGAGUUGGGCUCUUCGCCUCCUGUUGCUGUUCGCCCCUGUCCUUUUCAUCCAGUCCUCUGUGAGUCCCAGCUGGUGGUGGGCUUCCCAUCCUGGAAGAGGGAAGCCAGGGGUGUGAGUGCCCUGCCGAUUUCCUGUCCCACCCUCCACUCAGAGGCCAGGGGAAAACAGGCAGUAAUUGGAAAAUCUUUCAGAUAAAAUGCCUUUGGGAGUCCAUAGGAACCACGAGCACCCUUUGACAAACUGAAUGCCCCCUUUUUAAACAAACCUGAGCAGCCUCUGGACUGUACUCCACUGUGAGUGUUCACGUCUAUGCCGCAGCUUGGGGUUUCCCUUCUUUUGUAAUGGGUUAUACAGACCCGCAGUGGUUCAAUCUGUCAUCUCUCGUGCACCGUGGUUUUUAUGCCUCUUUAUUUCUGUAUCACAGCUAGGUGAAUACCAAAAAUAAGUAAAUAAAUGCUUCGUAGAAUACUUGUACUUAGUUUGGAAAAAAAUAAAUCGAAAUUGCUA